AUGCGCGCCUGCCUGCUCGUGUGCGCGGCGCUCGCGCUCGCGCCGGGCCCAUGGGCGCGCGCCGCCGCCACCACGCACGAGCCCGCGCGUCUCCAACACAUCAAAACACAAAUUUUAGCCAAGCUGGGUUUAUCAUCACGUCCGACGCCACUGGGGACUCCCCCACGUGACGUCGUCCGCCAGAUCCUGGCGCGAGCGGCUGACCCUUACCCUGAGCCUCCACAGGUCGAGCACAGCAUGAGGGAGAUAAUCGCCAUCGCGCAUAGAGGUGACGUUGGGGUCUAUUUAGUCAAAUGUAUGCUAGCAUUGGUUUAG